GGCAGAAGAAAGAAGGGCAGGCGGAAGCUCGUCCAUUUCUACAGGCUCUGAGAGACUCUAAGCGCUAAGAUUUGAAGCUCCUUAGGAGAGACUUCCCCGCUCAGCACAGCACUGAGUUCUGCUGCAAACCAACGCCUCAACAUCUCGGUGUCAAAGCCGCAAGGGGAGGGAGGCUUUACACAAGCUGCCAUCUUCCUACCUUUUCUGCUGGCUGGUCAGCACCAAAUCAUCCGGUUCAGUCUCCGGCCCUCAUCUCAGCCUACCCUCCCACCUCCAGAUUCCGUCUUCAGUUAGUACCCUGUAGACAGGUUGGAGGGAGCUAGCUUUGGCUCUCCUGUGCUCCUCCCCAAUGUUCAUGUGAGGAUACAGCAGGUAGGCCCCCACUAGACAUCAAAUGCUAACACCCUGAUCUUGGACUUCCCAGGCCCCAGCACUGUGGCAAAAUGAAUUUCUGUUCUUUGUGAAUUACCCAGUAUCAGGUAUUUUGUUAUAGCAGCACAGCUGGACUGAGACACUCAUGUUCGAAGUGGCAGCUGUCUACUGAGCAAGACCCAAACCUAAAGUGACUUCUUUCAGAACUCUUAUGUUAAAUGGACACAAUUACUUUGGUAGUUAAUCACCUUUAUCAUAAAAUAUUUUCUACUACUAUUCUAAAUUAUCUACAUUUUAGAAACUCAACUUCCCAUGGGUUCAUUUCCUUGACUAGAAUGUAAUCAGAAAAGGAAUGGGGGGGGGGUGCUUCUGUUUCUCUGUGACUCGGACAAGGCAUUCAAAUUUUGUGGGACUGACCGAGAAUACAUCAGAUGUAGUAACUACGAAAAUCAAUGAUUUCUAAAAUAAGGAACAGUUCAAGUUAGCCAACAAAGUCCCGUCACUCCGGAGGCGACUGUACUAAACACACAGCUUGGGGAGGGAUGGGGUUUAAGGAUUCCAGCCUGCUAUGUACAGUUCUUUGUAGCACUCUGGUCUUUGGGGAUUGCUGUGAAACCGGGUAGCCAGCUCCAAAUGAGCUUGUACUGCAAUUUCUUCUUUCCUGUCACAGUAAGUUCUCCCAGGUUAAAAGGAACUGCUUUACCAACUUCGCUCCCACGUCCUCUGUUCAUCCCUAGGCCCACACCUUAGGGAACACGGGAUGUGGCUGCAAUGUCAGGGAGUGCUUCACACCCCAUCGACCACAUCGAGUCUAAUCAUGAAAGUUUCGGGGGAGGAAGACGGGAUGACCUGAACUAGACGCGCCUUCAUUAAAGCUGCUUUCACCUGACAGCUGCUGCUGCCCUCCCACAGCCCGCAAAGGCCCGGGGCGGGGUGGGCUGGAGAAUGAAAGGCUGGAAGGGAAGGCGUGAACGGAGGGAGGACUCGGUUCCCGGGGAAGGCGCGUCAGGACCCUGCGCUGGCGAGCGAGAGCUGCACGAUCGGAGAUCCCUGGCGUCGCCGGUUACCGCGGGGAGGAGGGCGCUGGGAACCCGCGGGAGGCAAAGAGGCGAACGGAAGUCCGGGCAGGCUCCGAAGAGGCCGACCGACUCCAGGAGCCGAACCAGCACCCGGGGAGGAGAUCCGCGGCCCGCGGCAGCUAUAUCCAGCAUGCUCCAAGGCCACGGUUCCGUGUUCCAGGCCUUGCUGGGGACCUUCUUUACCUGGGCCAUGACAGCAGCCGGGGCAGCUCUUGUGUUCGUAUUCUCUAGUGGACAGAGGCGGAUCUUAGAUGGAAGCCUCGGCUUUGCUGCAGGGGUCAUGUUAGCUGCUUCCUACUGGUCUCUGCUGGCACCCGCGGUUGAGAUGGCCACGUCCUCAGGGGGCUUCGGUGCCUUGGCCUUCCUCCCAGUGGCUGUGGGCUUCACUCUUGGAGCAGCUUUUGUGUACGUGGCUGACCUCCUGAUGCCUCACCUGGGUGCAGCAGAAGACCCCCAGACGGCCCUGGCACUGAACUUGGACCCUGCAUUGGUGAAGAAGUCUGAUCCUGAGGGCCACACACUGCUCUUCCCUGAGAAUGAACUUUCCAUCCGGAUAGGUAGUGCUGGGCUUCUUUCAGAUAAGAGUGAGAAUGGCGAGGCUUACCAGAGGAAGAAGGUGGUGGCCGCCGGACUCCCAGAGGGCCCUGCUUUCUCAGGGCCUGUGAGAAGGAACUCGGGGCAGCCCAGCGGCAGCAGCUGGAGGAGAAUUGCGCUGCUCAUCCUGGCCAUCACCAUACACAACGUUCCAGAGGGUCUCGCUGUUGGAGUUGGAUUUGGGGCUGUAGAAAAGACGGCUUCUGCCACGUUUGAGAGUGCCAGGAAUCUGGCUAUUGGAAUUGGGAUCCAGAAUUUCCCAGAAGGCCUGGCUGUCAGCCUACCCUUGAGGGGAGCAGGCUUUUCUACCUGGCGAGCUUUCUGGUACGGACAGCUCAGUGGCAUGGUGGAACCUUUGGCUGGGAUCUUCGGUGCCUUUGCUGUGGUGCUGGCUGAACCCAUCCUGCCCUAUGCACUGGCCUUUGCUGCUGGUGCCAUGGUCUAUGUGGUCAUGGAUGACAUCAUUCCUGAAGCCCAGAUCAGCGGCAAUGGGAAGCUGGCAUCCUGGGCCUCCAUCCUGGGAUUUGUGGUGAUGAUGUCCCUAGAUGUGGGCCUCGGCUAGCACUGACUUUGGACCCUAGAAAGGAAAGCACCAGGCUUUGGCGGGACCACGAGCUCUCUCUUCACAUUAAAACCCUGUUCCUGACUCUCCUCUUCAACCCAUUAUCCCAGAUCAGCUCUGAUGACUUUGACUGUUUUUACUUUGCUUUGGAGGGAGAUGCUGGUCUUUUUUGCAAUUUCAGGAUAUCGUGGAAGUAUAGAUUUGUGUUUUGACCACUGAGUGGAAGGAACUUUUCUUCAGUGGAAUUGUCAAGGCCAACCCCUGUUUUCCCACCUCCAAUCUCCUUCACUAGACUCAACCGUAACUCCUCAAGGUGACCCCAAGAAGCGAGCUGCGAGGAGACAAGUCCUGAGCAUGUUGGCCUAGGGUCUUGGAACAGGUAUCCAGAGCCUCUUCUGCUCUGUCACCAUGGACCCUCUGGCCACCAAGAGCUCCAAGACAGAAGCAUCAUGAACCCAAAAAGCUGCUCUUCAAGGCUGAGCCAGCCCAAAGAGGGUCUGUCCCCUGACCCCCAGGGAGAAUGGGAGGGCCCACACACAGAGGGAAGGAAUUCAGAGAGUCUCAUUUUUUCCCUCUAAGGUGAAGAUUGGCAUUAUUGGAGUUAGAGAAAUUCAGAAAUUGGGGUACCUGAAUAUAUGGUGUGCUCUGUGUGAAAAAGAGUGUGGCUUUGAGCAGAGGCCUCUGCUCUAUGUGACUGUCAAGAACAGAGCAGUUUGUUAUGGUUCCGAGAUCCCCUAGCUGUUAAUCUUGAUGAGUGCAUAGCCUUUGUUUUUCUAGGAGACUUACAGAUAAGAGCAAAUUGUGACUACUCAACGCCCUCAUUUGUUAAUGAAGGGAGCCACUUAAGUUAGCCCUAGCUAAUGAACAACAUUUGGGGUCUGCCAAGGGUCCUUCUCUGAUUGCCAUUUGGAAACUCACAACAGGACCAAGAGCCCUUGAGCAGGCUUUGUUGGAAUCUGGCCAGAGGGCUUAGGUUGGGAAAGGAAGACAUAUUUUUACAUAUUUUCCUUUUUAAAGUACAUUUUAACCAAGUUAACAUUCUGAGAUGACCCUAACGGAUGACUGGACCUCGACUAGAUGCUAACCUACUCCAUCAUACACAUAGUUCCUCCAGUGGGGUGAUAGGAUAGGUCUGCUUCUGACACAGCUGACACCUGUGCCCUCCAUGGUCAGAGGAGUGUGUAGGACUUACAAGGGGCUCCGUCCAGGAGCGGGCACUCAGGCACUGGGCUGUUAGUGCCUGCUGUGUUUACAUGUUCCAUCACUUCCGAGGGUGAAUCUUGUACUCUGUGAAUGCUCUGAGAUCCCAGAGGCUGACCUCAGCUGGGUGUGCAUACGUUCUUCCUAAGCACUGGUGGUCAACACUGAAGACACAUUCAGAGAUUGGGCUGGUGGAGGUUAGCUGAUUUGGUGAUUGGUGUGUGUGUGCUUCAUUCUUGUCUUUGUAUGUAGUUCUGUUACUGCGAAUCGUCCUUUCCGCUGGAUAAGACCUCGUGACUGUGAUUAAUAUCAAUAAAGGGAAUCUUGUCGUGCA